UACAAGAGCCCAUCGGUCCCUGUCAAACUAGGUGUCGCACACCACUCAGUUGAAGAUCGUGGAACGCGGACAGCUCAGGACUUUUGUGAAUUUAGCCGAUUGUCUCGCCGAGCGAUGAGCUGCGGAAUGCUAAUCACGGAGCGCAGGCCUGAUGACAUCGUGGGCGCCGCGGGCCGUGGCGUCGUAAAGGUUGUGCAUAGGAUCUCCGACGCGGCAGAGAACCAGAACCUAGAUCUGUCGGCGUGCUCAUUGGUGUCAUUCCCCGAUGCGGUGUACCUCCUCUUGCGCGACACCGUCGUGCUCCACUGUGAUUUAUCCGAUAAUGGACUCCGCAAGAUUCCACCAAAACUCGCCAGGAAAUUCACCAACAUAACGCGGCUCAACCUAGCCUACAACAAGCUCACCAACCUCCCAGAAGAGCUCUCCGAAUUGCCGCAUCUCACGCAUCUCGAUAUCUCGAACAACGAUUUCAUCACAUUUCCGUGGGUCGUUUUCAAAAUGAAACAACUACGCUACCUCAACCUACGGGCUAACAAUAUUUUCGAUAUCGAAGCUGAUUUCUUGAAGAACCUCCAUCCAGACUGCGAGAUCCACCUGGAAGAUAACCCAUUGUCGGAAAACUCGUGUAGGGACCUGGCCAAGCUCAAUAGGAAACAUAUUUCCUUCUCUCCCUUCACGGAAGAAGAUUUCUGAUCCCUUGGUCGCACAAAUAUUCAGAAGGAUUCGAGGAGGUUCGAGAGGAAGGUCAUCCAUGGCUCACUCUAGAGCUGUAUUGGUGCUGUGCGCACAAGCUCUGAGACAUUUCCUCCUUGUAA